AUGCGUUCCACAUUCUUUCUGCUGCCGCUGAUUCAGGCGGCUUUUGCCACUCGGCCUUUCCUCAACGAGCCCGAUACUGGUAUCGAGGCUGCCCUUGGCAACACCCCCGAGGGUGAACUACCCGACCUGGAGCAGAUCUGGGGUCUUCCCGACUUUGAGUGGGCCGCCAGACGGCACAUGAACGACUCUGCCUACACCUACUAUCGUAACGGUGCGGCUGGCGAGUGGUCCUACCGCAACAACCUGGAAGUGUACGGCCGAUUCCGCUUCAGACCCAGGUUCCUUGUCGAUGUGACCAAUGUCGAAUCUACCCUCCCUACCUCCAUCCUGGGCCACAACUUCUCUGCUCCCUUCUACAUCAGCCCUUGUGCGUCGGCCGGUCUUGCCCACCCCAAGGCCGAGGCCAACUUGGUGAAGGCUGCCUACAAGGAGAACAUCCUAUACAUUCCUUCGCACUACGCCACCCUUGGCUUCGACGAGAUCGCGGCAGCCAAACCCUCCAACGGCUCGCAGACCAUCUUCCAGCAACUCUACCUCAACUCCAACGAUACCCGGACCCAGGAGUUGUUCGACACCGCUAAGAAGCUCGGCUCCAAGGCCAUCGUCUUCACCGUGGACUCGGCCUCCACUGGAAACCGCCUCCGUGCUAACCGCUAUGGUGUUGGCUCCCAAAACACCGACUACACCUACAUCACCUGGGACUACUACAAGAAGAUCCAGAACUUCACCACCCUCCCCAUCGUUUUGAAGGGUCUACAGACUGUCGAUGACGUGCGUCUUGCCGUGAAGCACGGCGCUCCCGCCGUCAUUCUCUCCAAUCACGGCGGUCGUCAGAUCGACGGCUCCCCUUCGCCUCUCGAGGUUGCGCUCGAGAUCCACCAGGAAGACCCCGACCUCUUCAACCAGAUCGAUAUCUUCGCCGACGGCGGUGUUCGCUACGGUGUGGAUGCUCUUAAGCUUCUUGCUCUGGGCGUCAAGGCUAUCGGUGUCGGUCGUCCUUUCAUGUACGCCAACGCCUACGGUGAGGACGGCGUCCGCCGCGCCAUCCAGCUCCUCAAGAAGGAGAUUGCCAUUGACGCCGGAAACCUGGGUGUGGGUGACUUGAAGAAGAUCGAUGCUUCUUACGUCAAAUGGACGAACAACGGCUGGUACAGCUAA